GCUUGCAAUAUAUUUUCUAAUCAGAGUGUCAGUGAAUCUUUAAAGUUUCGUCCAUUGGAAGAGGCGAGAGUGAUUGGGGAGGGGGAGCUCAGCUGUCAGUUAUGUUUUUGGCGGGACAUACUUUGUGGUCAUAAGUCAGACUGUCAUUACAUGAUAACCUGGAGGGGUUUGGAAUUAUGGGGAGGAAAAGGGACUCGACGAACAGCGGGGAUUCAGGGAAACAGAGGAGGAACGAGGAGACAAACAACCUUGAUGAUGAUGACUCCGUCAACAAUGAGAAACGAGUUUUGAAGAGUCAAAUAACAGAAUUGGAGGAUUUAAUAUCCGAAAUCGAAUUUUCCCUGAAUUUACCCAAAUUCGGGGACAUUGAGAACCCGGAGGUUUCGGAGCCUCCAGCAGAGGAGCCGAAGAGGUCCUACAAAUUGAAGAACCUAGACUACAUCCUCCAGCAUGAGUUGUACAAAUUCUCCGGGCUCUAUUGUACGAAAUUCACGAAGCACGAGUACAUAUUCAACUUCUCGCCAUUUUCGAAAGUCAAAGCUGAUUCGUUAUACACAGUUCAAUUCUUCACGAAUUCUGAAAAGGGUACAAUGGGAAAGUACAUCAUGCCAUCGAGUGGAGUGAUGGAGAACAUCCUCUCUGAGAGCCCCAUUGACAAGCUGAUGGGUCUAAUUCCUUUCUUCAGAAAUUGUAAACGACAUCUAGACUGUUAUGUGGACAGAAAAGAGCAGUACGAUGAGCUCAGGGAGUUGACAUCGGCUGUCAAGAACUUCCGGGUGGACUCUGAUAGAGAUUACGUCCUGAUCAUGUGCAGCUUUCUCCAGGUUUAUCGAAAAAAAUCAGAUAAUCUCAUCGACAUGACAGUUUAUUUGUCCUACGAUUAUGGAAAGGCUAGGCCUAGUACUGUGAACGUCGACUGGAGCAUGAAGAGAAAACCUAGUGAAGAGGACACCAAGGGGAUGAGAUCCUUCAUGAAGAUAUUCAAGAGUUUAAGUCUAGUUGAGGGUUAUCAACGCAUCGUGAAUUCCAGUCACGACAUCUUCACCUGGCAACCGAGUGAGGUCGAACAGGACGACAUAUUGGAUCUGAAUAAUGUGUCUGAUGCGUCUGACGAGGAAGUAAUGCCAGUGGGGCAGAGGGGGACUGCCAGAAAAAGACGAAGAUCACAAACUCCAGAAGGAAGUGAAGCAGAUGGAGAGGAUGACCCCCAAGAUCGAGAAGAGCUUCAUGAAAAGAAGUCUCAGACGAAGAAGAGGGCGCGAAAAACAAAGGCAGUAGUUCAAAAAGGAAAUAAAAAACCUGUAGAUGAGGGAAAUCCAAUAGAACGAGAAAAGUCUUCUAAAAAAGUCACACAGAAAUCAGUAAAGAAAAAGGGAGAGUCAAAACAAAAACUCGUGGAGCAGCAGAAAGUGAAGGAACCGCAGAAGUCGUCAGAGCCCUUCAGAAAACCCAAAACGAGGCAGAGCCUCUUGACAUUUUCACGACGGCCAAAAAAUCCUGAGGAAAUCACCCGGACUGGGAAGGAUCCCACCUCCAGGACUGUGUCUAGUACACCCAUGACCAAAAUCAGAGGAAAACGUGUGCAUUCUCCAGGAGGAAUCAGUCCAAUCGUCGCUGAUAAAAGUAGUAUGAAGUCCCCAAGAGGAAGAGGAAGAUCUCCAAAGACUACGAAACAGACGUAAUCAAUAUUCAAUGAAGAAAUUUUUUUAAAUUAAAAGAUUGAUGAAGUUCGACUAAUCGAAUGUAAAUACUCUGAUAAUUAUUAUGAUGAUUGAUCUGUGUAAAUGCUCAUCAGUCCUUCAAUUCAAACUAUAACUCCAUGAAAUCAAAUGGCGAUUGAGUAUUGAUUGUAUAGUAUUAAAUAUAAUUGUGACAUGGAUGACAAUGUCCAGACGUUAUGCAA